AUGCCAUUGUACAAAGAAGACAAUUUCUUAAUAAUAAGCCCCGGUAGCGAGUCUACCUACUUUUCAUUUGGAUUGAAAGAUACCUUGUCUCCACCACAAUUCAGAAUCCCCACCGUUGUUUACCAAGACCAAACAUCGAAUGAAUACUUUUCCACUAAAGUUUCAGAAGAUAAUGCAAAUACUAGUACUGAUGCUGACACCAGUGCCAGUGCCAGUGCCAAUGCCAGUGCCAAUGCCAGUGCCAGUGCUAAUGUUAAUUCCAACACUGACACCAACGCUACUUCUUCUAUUAACUCCACACGGAAGGAGAUUUGGCCGAUUCGGGAUUCCAAAAUAGUUGAUCUUGACGCAUUUAACGCAUUGCUCCGAAUCAUCUUAUCCAGCGUAAUUAAACAGCACCCAAUAUUGACUAUCAACCAGAUCCCCAUGUUGCUUAUAGCUCCUAGUCUCACUUGGUCUAAACGACAAGUGGAGUAUAUCACAAAAUACGUGUUUGAAAAAUUGGAAAUCACAGCGUUUAAUGUCGUGGAUCUCAGUCUUGCUGCAACAUUUAGUAUUGGAGGAGGAACCGUGAAUACAACUGUGGUCCACGUUAGCGAGAACAACACUCAAAUAGUUCCAGUUAUUGGUUACCAAGCGAUCAGGUUUUCUGGACUAUACAUCAAGGACGCGGGCGAGAAUAUCAUCAUUGAAGAGUUUAAACAAACGAGCAAUCGAGAAGAUUUGAGCACUUUUCAAAUCAAGGAUUUACUUCACAGUGGAGUUUUCGAGUUCUUACACGAGGGCCAAGAAACCUUUCACAAUAAGAGAAUAGAUAAAACCACGGAUGGCAAAGACGACGAAGAAUUUGACGUUGCAAAGACCGUUGUUAACACCGAUGGUGCUGAGGAAGCCGAUGAUGCAAACAUCAAAAACAACCGAGACUUGGAAAACAACUAUUUCAUAGACUCGCGCACAAAGGAGAAAAUCACUGUUGGGAAAGAAAGGUUUGUAAGCACAUCAAAAUUAGUCGAUAUAGUUACCAAGGGUAUUUAUGACACCCUUCUCGGGAUUGACGAUUUGGAUAGAAGGCAAGAUUGUUAUGACAAUAUCAUUCUCGUUGGCUCGGUAUUCCAAAUCCCAGGCUUCAAACUGCAGGUGAUCACAAAACUUAUGCAGGACUAUUUGGUGACGGAACCGCCAACAGAGAAACAGAAUGGCAAUACAGACGCGGCAGUGAAUGCCGCUAUAGCAAGAUACCAGCAGUCUGAUGACUUUGUAGAUGACGCAAACAAUGCACACCUGCUGCUGUCGCUAAGCCAAGUGCCCAAUAAUAUCAGCUUGGCCAAGUUCCCUGAUUAUUUCCCAGAAUGGAAGAAGCCAAAAGCGCUAGGAGGCUCAUGGCAAGAUGUUUAUUUUCUUGGCGGCGAAAUUUACGCAAAACAGAUAUUUUCGGGCGGAUCGCAUCAUCAUAACAAAGAGUUGUUUGUAGGAAGCGAUAUGUAUGAAGAAAGAGGACCUCAAAGCAUUUGGGAUGUGACUAUCUAG